GGCCACACAAACGAAUCGAGCGCGCCAAUGAUCGGACGUAUCCAUUGAACAAACCACAUAUAGAGCCAACUCUAUAGCGAAAGCAACCCAACUGUGAUACCAAACGAACAUACAAACAAAUCCGAGAUGUCUGCUACUAACAAGGUGAACCACUUGAUCGGCGCCACUACGCGUUACAUCGCCGGACGGAAUGCAGUGCAGACGGUCUACUGGCGGACCUCCGCCGGUCCGAAUCCCCGGAUGUUGAAGACCAACAAGCUGCAGAACUUCGACCGCUCCCAAAAGGCUCCCCAAAGUGUCCGCCUGCAGAACCUGAAUCGCAGCUACAUCCGGGAUUAAUGGAGAAUUUGUAUAGCAGUAGUUCCGACCUUGACAUGUUCCUAAUGUCGCGAUAGACAUAUUUUUUGUGCACUUUGUAUUUAUUGUGUAGAGUAUUUUCCAUGGCGAUAAACGUUAUCGUGCGAAUUAGAGUUAAUCGAAUCUAAACGAAGCUGGCGCUACGACUUUUCCAUGUACCUUGGCGUUACAAAAAAAACUAAAAAGAUUAAUAAAUGCAUUCUAGCGCGUAGAUAAGAGAA